AUGUCAAACAAUCUCGAAAAUGAGCUUCAUGCCACUGAGGUACGGCAAGUCGUUGCAGCCGAUACGGGCGUUUUCGAAAAGUCGGUUCUAGAGCCUCCAGCGGAAGACACUCAGCCACAGGCUCAGACAAAACCUCAAGAUGACAACGCGCCCAUAGAUGGCGGGACUCAAGCAUGGCUGCAAGUGGUGGCUUCGUUUAUGCUCUACUUUAACCACCUAGGCCUGCUCAACAGCUUCGGCGCCUUCCAGUCAUUCUACGAGACAGACCUCCUCAGGACCUCCUCCCCCUCGGCCAUCUCAUGGAUCGGCUCCAUCCAAAUCUUCUGCCUCAUGUCCGUCGGCGCCAUCAUCGGCCCCCUCUACGACGCAGGCUACUGCCGCGCCCUGCUCGCCGCCGGCACGCUGCUCGUCACCCUGGGCUUCAUGUUCACCAGCAUCAGCACCACCUACUGGCAGGUCCUGCUCGCGCAGGGCAUCUGCCUCGGCCUGGGCACGUGCUGCCUCUCGAUCCCGUCCAUUGCCAUCUUGCCCAUGUACUUUAAGAAGAAGAGGGCUAGAGCCAUGGGUCUGGCGACUGUCGGCAGCGGGCUUGGGUCGACGCUGUAUCCCAUCAUGUUUCAGAAUCUGCGGCCGCGGGUGGGCUUUGGCUGGACGGUGAGGAUCAUGGGGUUCUUGGCCUUUGUCAUGUGUUGUUUUGCGUUGCUGCUUAUUCGGCCGAGGACGCCUGCGAAGAAGCCGGCGUGGCAGGAGAAUGGCUUUUCGAUUCGGUGGUUCUGGGACGCCUCGGCGAUGAAAGAAAAGACGUUUUUGCUCUACAGCAUCGCCAUCUUUUUCAAUAACCUGUCGUUUUUCAACCCGCCGUACUAUUUAGAGAGCUACGCCACAUCGCACGGCAUGCAGGGCUCCGCUCUGGCUGCGUAUUUACUGCCCAUUCUCAACGCCUCGUCCCUCCCUGGCAGAAUCAUACCCUCAUUCAUUGCCGACGUGGUAGGCUCUCUGGAUACGUACAUUGUCGUGUGCGCCCUGAGCAGCACCAGCGUCUUCUACUGGAUCAGCGUGACAAACGAGGCUGGCAAUCUUGCCUUUGCCGUCUUGUAUGGCUUCUGGUCCGGCAGCGUGGUGUCUCUCGGAUCUGUGGUCCUAGCAUCCAUCACCCCGGACAUGAGUCGCUUGGGGACGAGGCUGGGCAUGGUGGCUAUCCUCAAGGGUAUCGGGUCGCUCAUCGGGCCGCCAAUUUCGGGUGCGAUUCUGAGGAGCACGGGCAAGUAUAUUGGCAUUCAGCUCUUUUCGGCGUGUGGCAUUAUGCUUACUUCUCUGCUUUCCAUGGUUCUGCGGUUGGUUAUAGCGAGGGCGUUGUUCAAGGUUGUGAGGGAUGACGAUGAGGCGUAUGUAAAUGCGAAUCAGCACAAGACAAAGGCAGCUAUUUCGGCUCAGGUUGUUGAAGAAGAAGGGAAAAACUAG